GUAGACCUUGACGUGGUGGAUGGUCUGGUGAAUCAGGCGAAACUGGAGGCGAAGAUCUCGCUGAGGGAGGACCUGCGGGAACAGGGGGCCAAGGACUACGCGAUCUGGAUCGCCAGAGCGGAGGCCAAUGCACCUGGAGCACCACGCAGUAUCACCAAACCGCAGAGGUGGCAGGAUAACGAGUCCAUGAAGGACGGGGCCAAAGCUAACGACCCGAAGGAGAGCGUAGGCUUGAAGGCAAUCGACUGUGAGAAAAUGUGGAAGCGCACCAGCGGACGCGAGGAGGCAGAAGAGGAGUUCGACUCGAGGAUGCAGGGCAUCCCCAACAAGGACCAGGGCACCGACGCCAUGAUCAUGGGCGAC